UGGCUUUCUGGGAUGACCUAUGUCACUCAGAGUGUGCUGCAGAUGGCGCAGAAGGAGCUUUUUUAGUACAGUCUUACAGCUCUGAAGCACGUCUGGCAUUAUUUUUGAGUGUUCAAAUCUCUGACUGAUACAUCAGGACCGUAAAGAUGGGAAUUGGGAAAGGCCAUGAGAAGUACCAGCUGGCAGCUACGUCUGAGCAAGAUGGCAAGAAAAAGUCAAAGGGGAAGAAGAAAGAGAAGGACAUGGAUGAGCUGAAGAAGGAAGUGGACCUGGAUGACCACAAAUUGACGCUGGAUGAACUCCACCGCAAAUACGGCACAGAUUUGAGCAGGGGUUUGACCAUCAUGCGUGCCGCAGAGAUCCUUGCCCGUGACGGCCCCAAUGCCCUGACUCCACCUCCCACCACUCCAGAGUGGGUCAAGUUCUGUAGGCAGCUGUUUGGCGGGUUCUCCAUGCUGUUGUGGAUUGGUGCUAUUCUCUGCUUCCUGGCAUAUGGAAUCCAGGCUGCCUCUGAAGAUGAACCUGCCAACGAUAAUUUGUACCUUGGGGUUGUGCUUUCUGCUGUUGUUAUCAUCACUGGCUGCUUCUCCUACUACCAAGAGGCCAAAAGCUCCAAAAUCAUGGACUCUUUCAAGAACCUGGUUCCUCAGCAAGCCUUGGUGAUCCGUGAUGGUGAGAAGAAGAGCAUCAAUGCUGAGGAUGUGGUGGUUGGGGACCUGGUGGAGGUGAAAGGAGGAGACAGAAUCCCUGCUGACUUGCGCAUUAUUUCUGCUCAUGGAUGCAAGGUGGACAACUCCUCUCUCACCGGAGAAUCAGAACCUCAAACUCGGUCUCCUGACUUUUCCAAUGACAACCCCCUGGAGACCAGAAACAUCGUAUUCUUCUCCACUAACUGUGUAGAAGGCACUGCCCGUGGUAUUGUCAUCAACACUGGAGACCGUACCGUCAUGGGCCGUAUUGCCACCCUUGCCUCGAGCUUAGAGGUCGGACGUACCCCGAUAGCUAUCGAAAUCGAGCAUUUCAUCCACAUCAUCACAGGUGUGGCUGUCUUCCUGGGCGUGACCUUCUUCAUCCUCUCCCUCAUUCUUGGAUAUGCUUGGCUGGAAGCUGUCAUCUUCCUCAUCGGAAUCAUUGUGGCUAAUGUGCCUGAGGGGCUUCUGGCCACUGUAACUGUAUGUCUGACCCUGACUGCCAAACGCAUGGCUAAGAAGAACUGCCUAGUGAAAAAUCUGGAGGCUGUGGAGACCCUGGGCUCUACCUCCACCAUCUGCUCUGACAAGACAGGCACCCUAACUCAGAACCGCAUGACUGUGGCUCACAUGUGGUUUGACAACCAGAUCCAUGAGGCUGACACCACGGAGAACCAGAGUGGCACCUCCUUUGAUAGGAGCUCUGCCACUUGGGCUGCCCUGGCCAGAGUUGCAGGCCUCUGCAAUCGUGCCGUCUUCUUGGCUGAACAGAGCAGUGUUCCUAUUCUGAAGAGAGAUGUUGCAGGGGAUGCCUCAGAGUCUGCCCUGUUGAAAUGCAUUGAACUGUGCUGUGGCUCUGUGAAGGACAUGAGGGAUAAGUAUCCCAAAAUUGCAGAGAUUCCCUUUAACUCUACCAACAAAUAUCAGCUUUCAAUCCACAAGAACCCUAACACCUCCGAGUCAAAGCACUUGCUGGUCAUGAAGGGAGCACCAGAGAGGAUCCUAGACCGAUGUUCCACCAUCCUGAUCCAGGGCAAGGAGCAGCCCCUGGAUGAUGAGAUGAAGGAUGCCUUUCAAAAUGCCUAUCUGGAGCUCGGAGGCCUGGGAGAGAGAGUAUUAGGAUUCUGCCAUUUCUUCCUUCCGGAUGACCAGUUUGCUGAGGGCUUCCAGUUUGACACUGAAGAUGUGAACUUUCCCACUGAAAAUCUGUGCUUUGUUGGUCUCAUGUCAAUGAUCGACCCUCCCCGUGCUGCAGUGCCUGAUGCUGUAGGCAAAUGCCGGAGUGCUGGAAUUAAAGUUAUAAUGGUUACUGGUGAUCAUCCAAUCACAGCUAAGGCCAUUGCAAGGGGUGUGGGUAUCAUCUCAGAGGGCAAUGAGACUGUAGAAGACAUUGCUGCCCGGUUGAACAUCCCAGUUCGAGAAGUGAACCCCAGAGAUGCCAAGGCCUGUGUGGUCCAUGGGGGAGAACUGAAGGAUUUGACCUCAGAUCAGCUGGAUGACAUCCUCAAACACCACACAGAAAUUGUAUUUGCUAGGACCUCUCCACAGCAGAAGCUGAUCAUUGUGGAAGGCUGCCAGAGACAGGGUGCCAUUGUAGCUGUGACAGGCGAUGGUGUCAAUGAUUCCCCCGCCUUGAAGAAGGCCGAUAUUGGCGUGGCUAUGGGCAUUGCAGGAUCUGAUGUCUCUAAGCAGGCUGCUGAUAUGAUCCUUCUGGAUGACAACUUUGCCUCCAUCGUCACUGGGGUUGAAGAAGGUCGUUUAAUCUUUGACAAUCUAAAGAAAUCCAUUGCCUACACAUUGACCAGCAACAUCCCAGAGAUCUCUCCAUUCCUCCUUUUCAUUAUUGCAAACAUCCCUCUGCCCCUCGGAACAGUCACCAUCCUUUGUAUUGAUUUGGGCACUGACAUGGUUCCUGCUAUCUCCUUGGCCUAUGAAGCUGCUGAGAGUGACAUCAUGAAGAGGCAGCCCAGAAAUCCCAUAACAGACAAGCUGGUGAAUGAGAGACUUAUCAGUAUAGCUUAUGGUCAGAUAGGCAUGAUGCAAGCAACAGCAGGGUUCUUCACCUACUUUGUCAUCCUGGCUGAGAAUGGUUUCCUACCCUCUAAACUCCUGGGAAUACGUGUUGGCUGGGAUGACAAAUAUGUCAAUGACCUGGAGGACAGCUAUGGCCAGCAGUGGACCUACGAACAGAGAAAAAUUGUGGAAUACACCUGCCACACUGCUUUCUUUGCCAGCAUUGUGAUUGUACAGUGGGCUGAUUUGAUCAUCUGUAAGACCAGACGGAAUUCUAUACUUCAACAAGGCAUGAAGAAUAAGAUCCUCAUCUUUGGACUAUUUGAGGAAACAGCUCUGGCUGCCUUUCUCUCUUACUGCCCAGGCAUGGAUGUUGCCCUUAGAAUGUACCCACUAAAACCAUGCUGGUGGUUCUGCGCCUUCCCCUACUCCCUCCUCAUCUUCCUGUAUGACGAAGCCAGAAGGUACAUCCUUCGGCGUAGUCCGGGAGGCUGGGUAGAAAGGGAAACAUACUACUAAGCAAACAGUGUCCUGUCCGGAUCAACAGUUCAGUUUGGGAUCUGCAACGGAUCUGUUUCCCUUGAAGUCAUCUUGCACUUAUCAUAAAUAUUCUGGAUGCGUUUAUAUAUAAGAAAAACAAUUAUUGAACAGAACUCCUCAUUCUUCUUCUCUACAGAAGUUUGAAAGGACUAAAUCAUGGUGUAGUUUUGAGAUGUUACUAGUAACAUAACUGUUUCCAUGCAGCAUCUUAUUAAAUACCAUUUCUGUGAAUUAUUGAUUGUGCUUGGUGCUGUCCAAAUGGUAAGAUUUGUUUCCAUUUAGUCCAAAGAAUCAGCACCCAGCUAAUUGAUAUGAUCAUGUUUAAGGGACAGAGGCUUAAUUUCAUCCUAGCGUACAGCCCAAUGUUUAAACUAAGUAUUCAAUUUAGCCAAAUAAAGUAAAUAAAAUAUUUUUCACCAGA